GAUCAUGGCGUCUUUACAGGACAAAGUCACCAUUAUAACAGGUGCAAGUUCGGGUAUCGGAGAAACAACUGCAUUACUGUUUGCUGAGAGCAAAGCAAAGGUAGUUCUAGCAGCUAGAAAUGUCGAUAAUCUUGAUAAAGUAGCAUCCUUGUGUAAAACUAAAGGAUUAUCUGAUAGUGAUGUUUUGGUAAUUCCGUGUGACGUCACAAAUGAGGAUAAUUUGAAAACCUUAGUGGAUGAAACCGUAAAACAAUUUGGAAGAAUCGAUGUGUUGAUAAAUAACGCAGGUAAAGGAACCCUGGGUAAUGUGAUGGCAACACCUGAAGCUACUCUAGACGAUAUAAUGAAUGUCAACUUUAAAUCUAUUUAUAAUUUGUCAAGACUGUGUGUUCCUCAUCUUACUAAAACUCAGGGGUCCAUCGUGAAUGUUUCGAGUAUAGCGAGACAACGUGCAAGUCCUAAAUUAUCUGCCUAUUGUAUCUCAAAAGCUGCAAUGGAUAUGUUUACACGCUUGUUAGCAUUAGAAUUGGCUCCUCAGAAAGUACGGGUUAACUCGGUAAAUAUCUUGAGCGGUUGAAAGUGCUACAACCUCUUGGUGGUGCAGGAAAACCCAAAGACGUUGCCAAGGCAAUACGAUUUCUAGCAUCUGAUGAAGCAUCAUUUACUACCGGACAUUUACUCUAUGUCGAUUCUGGACGCCAUUGUGGACUUCCAGUAUAAUGGAAUGUGUAUAUCAAAUCCCUUUACAAUAUGUUGACUUUAUUUAUGUUAAUUACAACUAAUUUUACAGAACAAACCCGUAUCUGUAGUAACGUUUUAGAUUUCAAUGAAAGUAAUCCACGUAUUGUAAGUACUGGUAAAUUGUCAUUGGCACGGACCGACGUUCUUAUCUAUAUAAAAAGCUAGAAACAAAUAUGAACCACACCAACAAUCGGUAACCACUGAA